UUGUCUAUUAUACGUAUAUGACGCUCCGUUACUUCCGGUUUGUCUAUGGUUCGGUUCUGUUUUGUGCUGUCCUCAUAGACGCGUUGCGUAUUUCGUUUGCAGUUUGUGUUGUUGUUGUUUAAAUGCAGCAGGCAACACGAAUACUAAUCAUAAUAUUGUAAUUGUAACAGUAAUUGCAAUUUCGAUUGCAAGCUGCUGCUGUCUAUUAAUUAAUCAUUCUGUUAUUUUAAGCAAUUGCUUUGCAUCUCUCUAUAUCGUCUCUAUUGUCUGCCUAUUCGUGUUCGAGUGUGUGUGCCUCUGUGCGUGAGCGCGGCGUGUGUGUCGGUGUGUGAGUGCCGGCGUCGGUGUCGGCGUCUUCUUGUCUAUCGCGACUAUCUAUCGUCUGUCUCCCUCUAUCUAUCGCGUGUCCACCUAAUUAAGUUCACGAGCAAAUGUCGCAAAACAGAUCAGCGACAACAACAUGAAAAUGCGUUGCGUUCUCGUCUCGUUUAUCUAUUUAUAAAUUAACAUUACCAAGCCAGACCCCUUUCUUUUUCCAAGACAUUGACACUGGCACGCAGUACGCAGCAAAAGUCAUUAAAAAAAAACAACGCGAAUUGAAUGUGCAACAUUUAAAUAAAGCAAAACAUAAAUUGAACAACGCUUACGAUAUUCAAUUAAUAAACGAUAAAAAAUAUACAAAUAUACGCAUAAAAAAAGUGCUUUUUUGCCGCGAUGAUAAAUGGUGCGCGUUGAUUGAAAUCAUUUUGAAAUAUUCACCAAGACAUUGACACAUUGUGGUAUCCAUUCGGUUAUUUUUUUUUUCGGUCGGGGCAAACAUGUUGAACCAUCUCUACUUCGCCCUUCUCACAGUUCUCCUCACAUCCGAGACGAUGAGAACUCUAGCUCUGAGCAGCGAUGGCGGCGUGGGCAACGCUCCUGGUGGCGGAUCGACAGCCAAUAAUGUUAUUCUGGAAGAUCCGGAAUUCACGGAUGUCAUUGAUAACAUAACAGUACCCGCGGGACGUAAUGUCAAAUUGGCCUGUUCGGUGAAGAAUCUGGGCACUUAUAAGGUGGCGUGGAUGCACUUUGAGCAGUCGGCCAUUUUGACGGUGCACAAUCAUGUGAUAACGCGAAAUCCAAGGAUUAGCGUAACGCAUGAUAAGCACGACAAGCAUCGCACCUGGUUUCUGCACAUCAACAAUGUCCAGGAGGAGGACAUGGGGCGUUACAUGUGCCAAAUCAACACGGUGACGGCCAAAACCCAAUAUGGCUUUGUCAAAGUAGUCGUGCCACCAAACAUUGACGAUGCGCUGACCUCGAGUGAUGUGAUUGUGCGCGAGGGCGACAAUGUUACACUGCGCUGCAAGGCGAAAGGCAGCCCGGAGCCGUCCAUCAAAUGGAAACGGGAUGACAACCAUAAAAUUGUCAUCAACAAAACGCUCGAAGUGAAUGACCUGGAGACGGACUCGUUGGAACUGGAGCGCAUCUCGCGCCUCCACAUGGGCGCUUAUCUCUGCAUUGCCUCAAACGGUGUGCCGCCCAGCGUCUCCAAGCGCAUCAAAGUCAGCGUCGACUUUUCACCAAUGGUUUGGAUUCCACAUCAGCUGGUGGGGAUUCCGAUGGGUUUCAAUGUGACGCUCGAGUGCUUCAUCGAAGCCAAUCCCACAUCCCUCAAUUACUGGACGCGAGAGAAUGAGCAAAUGAUUACCGAGUCCACCAAGUACAAAACCGAAACGAUUCCGGGCAAUCCAUCGUAUAAGGCGACCAUGCGACUGACGAUAACCAAUGUGCAGAGCAGCGAUUAUGGCAACUACAAAUGCGUCGCCAAGAAUCCUCGUGGCGACAUGGACGGCAACAUAAAGCUCUACAUGUCUAGUCCACCGACCACACAACCACCGCCCACAACCACAACGUUGCGCACGACAACAACAACAGUGAACUUUCUCUAUGAUGCCAACACACCCUUCAAUGGCUUCUCUGGCGGCGAUUUGCCCACAAACUCGGUGAUUGUGUAUGAUAAAUUGGGCAAUAAGUAUCAAUCGAAUUUAAAUGAGAUCGGAAAAUCUGAACAGAAACUCAUGGGCAGCAAUCCGGAUAGCUACGAUUGGUCCAAAGGUAAACGCAGUGGAGGCCACGCAUUGCGAUCCAUUUGCUGGCUUACAAUGCUUCUCACUCUGCUAGCAAUUGAAUCGCAUCAUUAGGACAAACAAGUAAAUGCAAGCUGUAUUAAUAAAGUGCCAUUACCAAAAACAAAGAAAAUUACAAAAACGCAACAGAGCAAAACUAACAACUCGCAGCACACACAUUGCAACAAUAAUAACAAUGAGCAAACAAACAAUGAAUAAAAACAACAAAUACUUAAUUAAACAAUUUGCCAAUUGCAAUGCGGUUAAAUUUAGGUUCACUUCGUUUACCCAACCCCCAAGCGAAAACAAUGAGGAAAAACAAAUACAAGUGCUAGAUUUAUAAAAAUAAUAAAAUCAACCAUAACAGUUUAUGGCAAACAAGCGGCAGUAAAUUAAAUAACAACAUCUAAAAGCAGUGGAGAACCGAAAGGCGAAUGCUCUUUCCAAAACUUAAAACAAUUUUAUUUAAGUCUGGGUUUCCUUUACAAAUAAUUAUUGUUUAAUUAUAGGAUUCAAAGUGA